GUAUUCCACCACCUGACUGUAAAUCUCCUCCCAAGCUUUAUUUCUUUGACGUCGUUGGUGAAGCCAAUGCCAUAUUUCAUCUGCUUGAGAGACAAUUUAGUGACACUCUAGUUCCACUUAUAAGCACCUCUCCUAAACACAGUGAAUGUGUUCAUAAAAAAAGAGAAAUUAUGGAGCAAAUGGAAGCAAAGAUAGACACAGGGUUAGAUCGGUCACUGGCAGUUACCAUGGGAUACGUCAAGCAUAUUUUGGCUUCAGAACAAAAGAAGACAGAUUUUAGGCCUGAGACUGAGAAUCUGGGUCAAAUGGCAUUAUACACACCAGCUUGCAGUAAAGUUGUCCAAUUUGUCAAUGUACAGGCCAUGAAUAUUAUCAAGCCGUUAGAUGGUAAAAAUGUUAGUACUGUCUUGACCGAGUUUGGUGUCCGAUUUCAUCGAACUAUUUAUGAACAUCUUCAACAGUUUACAUACAACUCAGAAGGUGUUAUGCUCGCUAUUUGUGAUAUUAAUGAGUAUAGAAAAUGUAUGAAAAAUUUGCAAAAUCCAUUGGUAUCGUCACUUUUCGAUGCUCUUCAUGCACUCUGUAAUCUACUAGUUGUGCAGCCUGAAAAUCUCAAACAAGUAUGCACUGGCGAACAACUGGCUGGUAUUGAUAGGUCUGUCAUGAUGUCUUUCAUUCAACUGAGAGCUGAUUUCAAAACUGCCAGAAUAGCGCAGCAGUUAAAGUGAAUGAAGUUCGAAGGCAACAUACAAAGGAAAUGUACUGUGUAUGUUACUUUUCACCUGGAGCGCUCAGGUGUGCUGGAAAACUGGUUUGAAUAUUGUGGAUAUCGGAUUAGGAUUGAUUCCUGAAAAAAUGAUAAACAUAGAUUUAUUAAAUAUUCUAUAAACAAAUAGAAACAGCAACAUAUACAUUAUUUAUCUUUGUACAUACUGCAGCAACCUUUCAAAUACUGUGAUAUGGUUCAGUACAAAUCACUGUGUCAAUCUUUUAAAGUGAACUUUGUGUGAAAUCACAUGGAGCAGAUUUGACAUCAGCUUCGUGUGUAAAUAACCUUUCCAUCGUACGUGAUGCUGAAACGUUGUUUGCAAACAAAGGUUACCCUGAAGCUUUACUCAUGUGACUACAUCUACACUCUAAUGCUAAGAUGUGAUGAUAUUUGCUGAAAGGUUGGAUUUUGACUUAAAGGAAUGGAGUGUCAGUUCUGCGCAGAUGAUCUGGGAUAAUUAAGUAAGCCAAGGGGUUGAUAUGUCAAUAGAGAUGACCACUUCUAGCACGGAUCAAGAUUUAUUUCAUCAUUAUCUGUUCGCAUAUGACAUUUUCAAUCACAUUUGCUCUUCCUAGAGUUAUUAUUAUGAUAUUUCAUGCUCGAUUGUGAUACCUUUACGCAUUUUUAUUACCUGAAAAUAUCGUGACAGUAAAUAAGAGUAGUAUGUAUGAAUAUAAAUGAUCCAUCUUAAUAAGUACUAUAUGGAUUGGAGUUAAUUUGUAUCAAGUACGGUCUCUUGUGUUUACCUAUUAAAAUAACCGCAUGGCGACUUA